GCGCAUGUCACGACAGUCAUUCACAUGUAGGGGAGGAGGGCAGGCAGCGCAAUAUCAGCGAUAGUGACAGGGUUAAAUCAACCCUGGUCUGCCACCUGGUGUGGCUUGCUGGGUGGGUGGAAACAUGAUUAGCGGUAAGAGCCUGCUCCUGAAGGUGAUCCUGCUGGGAGACGGUGGGGUGGGCAAGUCCUCCCUAAUGAACCGCUAUGUCACCGACCGCUUCGACUCCCAGUCAUUUCACACCAUUGGCGUGGAGUUCCUGAACCGGGACUUGGAAGUUGACGGGCGCUUGGUCACUCUUCAGAUCUGGGACACAGCAGGCCAGGAGCGCUUCAAGUCCCUUCGCACCCCGUUCUACCGAGGCGCAGACUGCUGCCUGCUCACAUUUGCUGUGAACGACCUGCAGAGCUUCCAGAACCUUGGCGGCUGGAAGAAAGAGUUCAUGUACUACUCAGAUGUGAAAGACCCUGAGCGCUUCCCUUUUGUGGUGCUCGGCAAUAAGGUGGACAUGGAGCAGAGAGAGGUGGGGGAGGAUGAAGCUCGGGCCUGGUGUGAGGAGAACGGCUGCUGCCCGUACUUUGAGACGAGUGCUAAGGAUGACACUAAUGUCACAGCUGCGUUCGAGGCGGCUGUCAGAGAAGUGCUGGCUGCUGAGGACCAGAUUGACCAUACACUGCUGGGUAGUACUAUCGAUCUCCAUGGCAACCGCAAAACAUCUCGCGGGUCUUGCUGCUGAUUGGUCAUGUGUGAAUCCACCUUGUCCUAUUCUCUCUGGCUGAAACUCACAGUUUUGAGAGUCGGUCAGACAUUGUUAAUGGUACAACUGUAGGUACAAGAUACUGAGAAAAGUAUCCCCAUGAUAAGUGGAUAAAAUACAGCUGCUCUUAGGAGGGCUGGUCAAGGAUGCAGCUGUUGCUAGAUUGUUGAAUUAUUGCUCCAACAAAGGUACCGGCAAUCUGUACCAGGCACACUUAUCCUUUCUACUCUCUUUUUCAGAGAGUCUGCUUUCAGUAGUGUUGUUUCACAAAAACAUUGUCAGCCAGCUUCAGCCGAUGCAGGAGUUGUAUCAAAUAGUGUUUACAGAGCAUUUAUUCAUCGCUGCUUGCAGCUUCAAUUUAAAUUAUUAAAAUGAAUACUGUGGAUGAGACAUUAUUAGUCCCCUUAUAAAGAGCACACUCUACUUUUUGAACAGUGAUUUACAUUUUCCUGGAUUUUUGAGGGACUUUGAAUGCAGUUUCACACUUUUGUUAUUAGAUCUUUUCAGAGAAGUAAAGAGCUAAUGAACAAACAGUGUCUGUGAGUGACAGUGUUCCUUAUACAGGCAGAUGUUGUGCAUGAGGGCUUCCAAUAUUUAGUGUAAUGACCAUUAUAGGAUUUGUGGUCCGAGGAACUUAUAUAAUUGCUGCUCUCUAACACAGAAGUAUUCAAUGCGAAAGGAAUUCUAAGCUUUAAUUCUGCAGCUAUGACUGUAAGCAUUUGGUACGAGUUUAUGAACAUCUCUCCGUUAUUUGUCUCACCACUGCACGAGACAGUGUCAGGUAUAGUUAGGCAUUCAUUUUGAUUUCCCAUGAUUUAUGGACAAGUUUACUGCGUAAGGUUCAGUGUUUCUCAAGGUUUAUAAAAUAAUACUUAUUUUGCUGCUUUUGUUGAUAAACUGUUUAUUUUCUCUGUAAAGCACAUUUCCAUCUUCGCGCGUGUGUAAUUUCUGGGUGGAAUUCUGUUCGACCAAGGGCUGAUAUUAUUCUGUUUUCUGGAUGUAUAGAGGAAGUUGUAAUUAUCAGAAUAACAAUACGUUUUACACUUUUGGCACGUUUGCAAACUUGUGCUUGGUUCUUUCUUGCCAUUUGUCUUGACGUCUCUUUUUUUAAAUUGGAUUUAUUACAUACAACUUCUCUGUUCAAUGUGAAAAAGCCUGAGCACCAGGACAGGGCCAUUACUACUAAUGUGUGCAUUAUCUCUCCCGUCCAUUCAUACAGUAUUGAGUGAAAAUACAACUGAGUAUUCUGACAACUUUACAUUGUUUACUUGUUUUCAGCUAGGCGGUACUAACCUUUUAAAUGUUUUUUCAAGCAGGAAAAAUAAUAUCCUGAUAUCCAAUGCUUCAAACUCAUUCUAAAACAUAGUCUGAAUUUAUUCUCACCAGUAUUUUGAUCGCUGCCGGAAUAGUAUUUUAUGUUGAGUCCACUCAGACAACCACCCCUGUUGCAUAAACAAGGUCAAAUGUUUUCAUCUGCUGAGUGCACAAAGCCACCAUUGUUCUUAUUAUAGUGCUUGUUCUCAUCUUUAUGUUAUGUUGGAGGUAUUGAGUUUUCUCUCACCCUGAGAUUUGCCUUCCAAGUAAAAAAGAAAGCAUCAUAUUUCAUUUGGUGAGUGUGCAGACUCAUGGUUAAAAUUACAAUAGCUUUAUUGUAAACGUAAACAGAAUUGGGUACGGUCAUAUUUACUUAUUACAUUGAAUUAAAACACCUAAUACUGUAAAGGUGAGUUGAGCACUAGUAGUAGCAGUAUGAGAGAAACCUUAUUAACUGUAUUCUUGUGGCAUUUUAACUAAAUCAAACUGGUAGCGUUCAUGCACUCAAAGCAAAAGUGCUAGCUGUUAGCUUAUCAUUUGUCAGUGUUAAUGUUUCUGCGUUAAACAGAUUACUUUGUCUUCACUUCACCUUUCAGGUUUUAUCCUGUUCAAAUUGUAACCACAGUCUUUAACUGAAAUGUAACUGACCUGAGAAUCAGUGGGUACUCAGAAGCUGGUAGCAUAACUCGACAGUAUGUUGCUCUCAUGAUGCUGUCUUAUCUCACUGCAACGGUCUUGUUUUGUGGUUCUUUUUUUUAUGUAAUAAUAUUGUUACUGUAAUAUUUAUGAAUGUUAAACACAUUUCUUUGGACUGUCCAAAUGAAUGAGCUUAUGUAAAUUGCAAAGGGCAUUCAUUACCUAAUGAUGUACAAAAUGACACUGAACGUCUGUCUCUGCCUCAGUGCUCAAACCCAUGAGUGUGAUUCAAGCUGUUUGAAAGUCAGGCUAUUCAUCUCGAUUAUGUGUUCAUCUGAUGGACAACUUCCCGCUCUCCUCUUUUUGCACUACCAAGGAAAAGGCUGGCCUGCUAACAUGUUGGCAAAACAGCAAAUACUCUCCCAUGCUUGGCUACAAAUAAAUCAUGCAACAUACCAAAUGGAGACACUA